AUGGGUUGUCUCGUCCAGAGGUACGGAACCACCAAACCGGUGAGCAGAUCCGUCGGGAGCGACAAAAAGGAAGUGUAUAAGUACUACAGCGAUAGGUUACGGGAAGACAUCGGUCCCAUCAAACUGAUGAGAAGCUUGCCUGCCCUAAACCACUACGUCAGCCUGCUCGACAUGACAAAAUUUACGAUUAAGUACAUUUUGAGUUAUCGCUUCUUUUUCAUCUACAUGGCCCGGACGACGUUUCAGGCUGUCCGGCCGUUGAUGGCCUUCUGCGUCUUUGGCGAGCUGAUGAAGCUCAUACUGGCCACCAUGACGAGUGGCGUGUUCGCCUUCUUCUUUUCCUUCGUCCUCGCGUUCGAGGUGCUCUACUUUUUCCUACAGUGUUACAUAUCAUACACCUUCUUGACCAUGUUUUUCGACGUCAUGUUUUGA